CAAAAGGCAAGAAGCCUUGAAGGAACCAUGCAACACCAGAAAAGGUACUUGUUGGCUUCUCUCCUCCUGAUUCUUAUCCGGUAUUGCACUUCCAAGGACUCCAUCACACAAAACCAAUCUUUCAAAGAUGGAGAUCUUUUAGUGUCUAGUGGAAACUCCUUUGCUUUUGGUUUCUUUAGCCCUGGAAUUUCUGGAAACCGAUAUCUCGGCAUCUGGUACAACAAAGUUCCAGAACAAACUGUUGUCUGGGUAGCCAAUAGGGACAGUCCCGUAAAUGGCACCAAUGGAGUUGUAUCCAUUGAAAAAUCAGGAAAUCUUAUUCUACGCGAUGAAUCCAGCAACCUUUUGCUAUGGUCCACCAAUGUUUCAGGCAUGUUAUCCACUAGCUCUUCUUCUGUUCAGCUCACUGAAACAGGGAAUUUGAUGUUGUUUCAAGAUCAAAGCAGAAGCAUUGUAGCAUGGCAAAGUUUUGAUUUUCCCACUAAUACUUUGCUUCCUCACAUGAAACUUGGGGUGAACCGGACAUCUGGAUUUAAGACAGUCCUGACCUCUUGGAAGUCACAAGAUGAUCCCGGGACGGGUGAUUUUCGUUUCAACAUGGAGCUAAAUGGCUCACCCCAAUUCUUUUUGUACAAACGAUCAGACCGGCUAUGGCGAACAGGGCCAUGGAAUGGGAUCCAAUUGAGUGGAGUACCAGACAUGACUUCAAAGUUCAUCUUCACAGUUAGCUAUGUCGAUAAUAAUGAUGGAGUUAGCCUCUCCUAUAGUAUUCACGAUCCCAAUAUUUUUUCUAGAUUAGUAUUAAAUGAAUCAGGGACCAUGGAGAGGCUAACUUGGCAAGGAGGUGAGCAUAGCUGGGUCAAAUUUUGGUCUGCCCCCAGGGAUCAAUGCGACUAUUACAGCCAUUGUGGCACAUUCAGUGACUGUGACCCUUACAAUUUGGGUGAAUUCGAGUGUAAAUGUCUUCCAGGUUUUGUGCCUAAGGUGAAAAGUGAAUGGUAUCUGAGGGAUGCAAUCAAUGGGUGCACCAGAAAGCAAGGAGAAAAGACGUGCGGAAACAGCACUGACGGAUUCAUAAAAUUGACCUUUGUGAAGGUUCCUGACACUUCAAAUGCUAGAGUGAAUGAGGGUGUGGGAUCAAAAGAGUGCCAGGAUUUGUGCUUAAGAAAUUGUUCAUGCACAGCUUAUGCAAGUGCUAAUAUCAGUCGUGGCGGAAGUGGCUGCAUCACUUGGUACGGGAACUUGAUAGAUAUCAGGCAGUUUUCCAAUGGAGGCCAGGAUGUUUACAUCAGACUUACAGCCGCGGAGUUAGCUGAAUUUCUAAAGAGUUCAAAGGACUCGCGGAGCAAAAAGUUGGUAAUCAUUGUUGUAGCAUCUGCAGCAGGAGUUCUCAUACUGCUAUUUUUGUCAUGGGUGGUACUCAAGAAUAGAAAAGGUAAAAGACAGUACAUCAAGCGGCUGCUCAGCUUUAACAUUAGUCCAAGACCGUCCUACGGAGCUUCUUCAACAACAAAGGAAAUAGAUGAAAAUACAGAUUUGUCGGUUUUCGACCUAAGAACCAUAUCUUCAGCAACCAACAAUUUCUCCCUUGCUAACAAACUUGGAGAGGGUGGAUUUGGAACAGUUUACAUGGGUCGACUGCAUACUGGUAGAGAAAUAGCUAUCAAAAGAUUGUCAAAAAGUUCAGGACAAGGGAUUGAGGAAUUCAAGAAUGAAGUUACACUGAUAGCAAAACUACAGCACAGGAAUCUUGUUAAGCUUUUGGGAUGUUGCAUCCAGCAAGAUGAGAAAAUGCUAGUUUAUGAAUACCUGCCAAAUAAGGGACUCGACAAUUUCAUCUUCGAUAAAGAAAAAGCUGCAUUGCUCAAUUGGAGAAAACGCUUUGAAAUAAUACUAGGCAUUGCUCGGGGACUUGUGUAUCUUCACCGCGAUUCGCGAUUAAGAAUUAUCCACAGGGAUCUGAAAGCAAGCAAUGUUUUACUAGAUGCUGGUAUGGAGCCAAAAAUAUCAGACUUUGGCAUGGCUAGAAUAUUUGGAGCAGGUCAAAUGGAGGCUAACACAAACAGAGUGGUGGGAACCUAG